UUUUCUGUGCAUGUGAAUGUUUUAUGGCCAUAUUUGUUGUUCCAGAACUUCCGCCGCCACCGACCAUCUCCAAGACACCCGACUAUCCCGUGUACGUGCCUGGGGAAUCCGUCACCCUCACGUGUGCUAGUUCACGGCGGGACACGGCGGGGAGGUUUCAGUUGAGAAAAGACUCCAACCUUCUCACCAGCAGCACGGGAAAUCACACGACCUUCACCCACCGCAUCACAGAAUUAAGGGCAGACAUGGACAACACCUACACCUGUGUCAUGUUGGUGCACGUCUCCGCUCGGUGGCUCCCGUCCCUUCCAAGCCCAGCUGUCCAUAUACGUGUCACAGAACGUCCGCCGCCGCCGAAUAUCUCACAGAUUCCUGACUAUCCCGUGUACCUGCCUGGGGAAUCCGUCACCAUCACGUGCGCUAGUUCACGGCGGGACACGGCGGGGAGGUUUCUGUUGAGGAAAGACUCCAACCUUCUCACCAGCAGCACGGGAAAUCACACGACGUUCACCCACCGCAUCACAGACUUAAGGGCAGACGUGGAUAACACCUACACCUGCGCCAUGUUGGUGCGCGCCUCGGCUCGGUGGCUCCCGUCACCUCCGAGCCAUGCGAUCCACAUUCGUGUCACAGAACUUCCGCAGCCACCAACCAUCUCCAAGACUCCUGACUAUCCCGUGUACGUGCCUGGGGAAUCCGUCACCAUCACGUGCGCCAGUUCACAGCGGGACACGGCGGGGAGGUUUCAGCUGAGGAAAGACUCCAACCUUCUCACCAGCAGCACGGGAAGUCACACGCCCUUCACCCACCGCAUCACAGACUUAAGGGCAGAUGUGGAUAACAACUACAGCUGUGUCAUGUUGGUGCACGUCUCCGCUCGGUGGCUCCCUUCCCCCCCGAGCUCAGCGGUCCACAUACGUGUCACAGAACGUCCGCCGCCGCCGAAUAUCUCACAGAUUCCUGACUAUCCCGUGUACCUGCCUGGGGAAUCCGUCACCAUCACGUGCGCUAGUUCACGGCGGGACACGGCGGGGAGGUUUCUGUUGAGGAAAGACUCCAACCUUCUCACCAGCAGCACGGGAAAUCACACGACGUUCACCCACCGCAUCACAGACUUAAGGGCAGACGUGGAUAACACCUACACCUGUGCCAUGUUGGUGCGCGCCUCGGCUCGGUGGCUCCCGUCACCUCCGAGCCCUGCGAUCCACAUUCGUGUCACAGAACGCCCGCGUGCACCGACUAUCUCCAAGACUCUUGAUUAUCCUGUGUAUGUGCCUGGAGAAUCCGUCACCAUCACGUGCGCUAGUUCACGGCGAGGCACGGCGGGGAGGUUUCAGUUGAGGAAAGGCUCCGACCUUCUCACCAGCAGCACGGGAAAUCACAUGACCUUCACCCACCGCGUCAUAGACGUAAGGUCAGACACGGACAACACCUACACCUGUGUCAUGUUGGUGCACGUCUCCGCUCGGUGGCUCCCGUCCCCUCCAAGCCCAGCGAUCCACAUACGUGUCACAGAACGUCCGCCGCCGCCGAAUAUCUCACAGAUUCCUGACUAUCCCGUGUACCUGCCUGGGGAAUCCGUCACCAUCACGUGCGCUAGUUCACGGCGGGACACGGCGGGGAGGUUUCUGUUGAGGAAAGACUCCAACCUUCUCACCAGCAGCACGGGAAAUCACACGACGUUCACCCACCGCAUCACAGACUUAAGGGCAGACGUGGAUAACACCUACACCUGCGCCAUGUUGGUGCGCGCCUCGGCUCGGUGGCUCCCGUCACCUCCGAGCCCUGCGAUCCACAUUCGUGUCACAGAACGCCCGCGUGCACCGACUAUCUCCAAGACUCUUGAUUAUCCUGUGUAUGUGCCUGGAGAAUCCGUCACCAUCACGUGCGCUAGUUCACGGCGAGACACGGCGGGGAGGUUUCAGUUGAGGAAAGGCUCCGACCUUCUCACCAGCAGCACGGGGAAUCACACGACCUUCACCCACCGAGUCAUAGACGUAAGGUCAGACACGGACAACACCUACACCUGUGUCAUGUUGGUGCACGUCUCCGCUCGGUGGCUCCCGUCCCCUCCAAGCCCAGCGAUCCACAUACGUGUCACAGAACGUCCGCCGCCGCCGAAUAUCUCACAGAUUCCUGACUAUCCCGUGUACCUGCCUGGGGAAUCCGUCACCAUCACGUGCGCUAGUUCACGGCAGGACACGGCGGGGAGGUUUCUGUUGAGGAAAGACUCCAACCUUCUCACCAGCAGCACGGGAAAUCACACGACGUUCACCCACCGCAUCACAGACUUAAGGGCAGACGUGGAUAACACCUACACCUGUGCCAUGUUGGUGCGCGCCUCGGCUCGGUGGCUCCCGUCACCUCCGAGCCCUGCGAUCCACAUUCGUGUCACAGAACGCCCGCGUGCACCGACUAUCUCCAAGACUCUUGAUUAUCCUGUGUAUGUGCCUGGAGAAUCCGUCACCAUCACGUGCGCUAGUUCACGGCGUGACACGGCGGGGAGGUUUCAGUUGAGGAAAGGCUCCGACCUUCUCACCAGCAGCACGGGGAAUCACACGACCUUCACCCACCGCGUCAUAGACGUAAGGUCAGACACGGACAACACCUACACGUGUGUCAUGUUGGUGCACGUCUCCGCUCGGUGGCUCCCGUCCCCUCCAAGCCCAGCGAUCCACAUACGUGUCACAGAACUUCCGCAGCCACCAACCAUCUCCAAGGCUCCUGACUAUCCCGUGUACGUGCCUGGGGAAUCCGUCAACAUCACGUGCGCCUGUUCACAGCGGGACACGGCGGGGAGGUUUCAGCUGAGGAAAGACUCCAACCUUCUCACCAGCAGCACGGGAAGUCACACGACCUUCACCCACUGCAUCACAGACUUAAGGGCAGAUGUGGAUAACAACUACACCUGUGUCAUGUUGGUGCACGCCUACGCUCGGUGGCUCUCGUCACCUCCGAGCCCUGGGAUCCACAUUCGUGUCACAGAUCCACCUUCUCGUCCCAUCAUCUCCAAGAGUCCAGAUCAUCUAGUUUACUUCCCUGGGGAAAUAAUUACAUUGACGUGCAGAGUUGGGAGACUGGGAGAGGCUGGGGUAUUCCUAUUGAUGAAAGAUGCCAUGCCUCUUACUAACAGCACAGAAGUGCAAAGCCAUUUCACCUAUAACAUGGUAGAAAUCAACAGAAGCACCGCGGGAAACUAUGCUUGCUUUUUCCUGACUCAAGUCAACGGUCGAUGGAUAAGGUCCCCCGUCGGUCAACCACUUCAAAUCAUUGUCACAGAACUGUCAAAUCCGUUCUUUAGUGUUGACUCCCCCGAUGUUGAGGUCGGAGGUAGCAUCACCUUCGAAUGCGCUUGCUCGGAUGUCCAUACGGAGACUACCGCCGUCUUGCAGAGAUCUGGGGAAGAUGUCUCAGACGGCUGGGAGGUCUUAGGGAAGGGUGGCUCUUUGACGUUCAAGAUGGACAACGUGACUCUCUCCGAUGGAGGGGAAUACUCAUGCGUCUGUAGACUAGUCGUCAACGGAAAGGUGUUAACGUCAGCGGCCAGAGCACGUAAGCGGGUGACCGUAAAAGGUCUCCAUGACUCCACGUCUCCACGUCGCGACGACUCCAUGACUCCAUGUCUCCAUUACUUCAUGUCUUCAUGA